UAUAAAAAUAUAUAUUAUAAAAAAUUCCAGAUUUUGGCAUAUCCAGGUGAAGGAAUGUAACCCUGGAUAGUACAUCAUCUAUACUGUAGUGUCCAUUUUAUAAACUUACAGUAUAAGAUGAUAUCCUGUCCAGAGCACAAGAUGUUCCAGUCUCAUCCGUCUCAUACUCACUCGUUUCUUGGUGUAUUCCUUGGUUCAGUUCUUCUUCACUAACACUCAUGUGUCUUGGGGUCUGCACUUAAAGACCCCUGGCUCAUUUGCAUAUGGUGAUGACGUUUGGGUUGGACCAGACAGUUUUCGGGCAUGACAUCUCUUAUCAGUGGGUGACCAGGAUGCGACGCCCUUGCCCUGAUAUACACCCAACGUUAGGCAACUUUAUUUCAACUGAAAAUGCAGGUAUUAGUGGUCAACCUGCCUAUCAUUAGUGAUUAUACUGUUAUUUAUAGUUACUGCAUGUUUCUAUUAUAACCAACUAGAACUUCUACAAUCCAUGAUUUUAAUAAUGAUGAAAAAUUAGGACCUGCUUUUUAAAAGUCUGAUAUCUUUUUAAUGGUGGAAAGUCCUCAAAAUAUCACGUGUAACCCAGAAUCUACAAUUGGUUGAUGUCAUAGGACGGGGCCUGCAUAACUCUAUGGGAGAUUUACGUUUUUUGGAAGAAAUAUUCAAAUAUAUGAUCCAUAUAUCAUCACAUAUUAUUGCUUGUUAGGGAUUGACAACUCAAACUUGCCAAAUUAAUCUUAUGACUAAAAGUUAUUUCAGCAGACAACUAUCGUGUCUUUGGUGUUGAAUAAUGGCACCACUUUUUGAAGCUAUUAAAAAAACACUUGUUGAUUUAUGCUGAUGGGGUAGAUGUGAACUAUGUGGCAGUUUUUGUUUCUUGUGGAUACACCUGAUAAUUACAGAGAUAUUAAAAAUAAUUUCUGCAAUCUGACAGUUAAACAGCAGAUCCCACUUUGGAAUUCUGACCUUCCAUUUAAAACUAUUGAAUUUCUUGUGAAUUCUCACAUGUAUGAAACCUAUGGCUGGGUUUCACAUGACAUCAUAACAUUUUAUAGGCCAGUGUUUGAUAGAGACAGAAGCAUUUUUGUUGUAAUACAGUGACUUUUUGGGUUUAGUCAAUAAUAGAAAGGAUAGUCUCAUGGUCACAUUUUUAUUCUUUUUUUCCACCUUCAGAACUCAAAGAGUUUUACAUCAAGAAACCACACACAUUCACAUGCCAGUGUAGGCAGACCCCAGGGGUGAGGGGGGUUAAGUGUCUUGUCAUGUAACUACAGCAUUCAUCUGGGAGCUGGAAUUGCACAACCAACCAGCGAAUCAGUGGAUCUGACCGCUCAAACAGUGAUGUUUAUGUUGAAAGCGGGAUUCAACCGCCAACCUUUGAAUCAGUGGACAAACACUGAUCUACUUUUGCCCACAGAUCAGGCUAAUCAUUACAGAUAAUAAAAGCAAGUUAGGCUAUAUCAUCUGGAGCCUCUGAGAAAUCCUAGUCACUCAGUAUAAGGAGCCGGGACACAGACAAGAGAUGAAUGAGGCCAGCAGACCGACGUGGAGCAGGCAGAUAGAGUUCACCCUGGCGGGCAUCGGCUGUGCUGUUGGUCUGGGCAAUGUCUGGAGGUUUCCAUACCUGUGCUAUAGGAGCGGAGGAGGGGCUUUCCUUGUGCCCUAUCUCCUCAUGCUGCUGGUGCUGGGCAUCCCUCUUCUGUACAUGGAGCUGACAGUGGGACAGUACACACGCAGAGGCCCGGUCCAUGCUCUGGCCAAAGUCUGUCCCUUAUUAAAAGGUGUAGGCAUGGCAUCAGUGGCUAUCUCCUUCAUCAUGUGCACCUAUUACAAUGUGGUCAUCACCUGGGCCUUGUACUACCUGUUCAACUCCUUCCAACAACCUCUGCCCUGGGCCAGCUGCAACAACACCUGGAACACAGACAACUGCACCAUUCACAGCACCAACAGCAGCCACUCCUCAACUGCUGGCAAGGAGUUCUUCCAAUAUAAUAUGUUACAACAAACGGGCAGUGUGGAGGAGACUGGGACGCUGAGAUGGCAGCUGUUCCUUAUCCUCAUGUUGGCUUGGAUCCUCAUUUAUUUCUGUAUUUUCAAAGGGGUCAAAUCAACAGGAAAGGUUGUGUACUUCACAGCUCUGUUCCCGUAUGUUAUCCUGAUUGCGCUCCUGAUCAAUAACGCGCAGCUUCCAGGGGCGCUGGAUGGAAUAACCUUUUUUAUAGUGCCAGAGUGGAGCAAGCUGCAGUCUGUGGAGGUGUGGGUGAAUGCUGCUGCGCAGAUCUUCAACUCCAUUGGCAUUGGGUUUGGUUCAUUAUUGGCCAUGGCGAGCUACAACUCCUUCAACAAUAAUGUUCUGAAAGAUACACUGGCUAUAGCAAUCAUCAACUCCUUCACCAGUAUCUUGGCUGGCUUUGUGAUCUUCUCUGCCUUUGGAUACAUGUCGUACCUGCAGGGGAUUCCCGUGAGCCAAAUUGCAGUGGAUGGGCCUGGUUUGGUGUUUGUCGUUUACCCACAAGCCUUUGCUCAGAUGCCUUUGCCUCAGCUGUGGGCCGUAUUGUUUUUCUUUAUGUUACUUUGCCUCGGGCUGGACAGUGAGUUUGCGAUGGUGGAGGUGAUGGUGACUAGUCUUAUGGAUCAGUUUGGCCAGAAGCUGAUGAAAAUCUUCAGGAGAAAAGAACUGUUCGUUCUCGCAGUUUGUGUAGCAGCGAGUCUUCUGGGAAUCCCAUGUGUCAUGCAGGUGGGGAUCUAUGUGUUUCAGUUGAUGGACCAUUAUACUGCUAUAGUCUCCAUCAUGUUCUUGGCAUUCUUUGAGAUUAUAGCCAUCUGCUGGUGUUAUGGUGUAAAUAGACUGUCGGACAACUUAGAAGAGAUGACUGGAAGCAGAGCCAAUAUCUUCUUCAGGUUAUGCUGGCUCAUAAUUGAUCCUGUGCUCAUAAGUUUGAGGUUAAGUUGUGUCAGUUAG